AUGGGUCUGAAAGCGAUUCACUUUGGCGGUGGUAACAUCGGCCGUGGCUUCGUCGCCGAGUUCCUCCACACAGCUGGCUACGAGGUGGUGUUCAUCGAUGUCAUGGACAAUAUCAUCAAUGAGCUGCAGACCACAAAGUCCUACCAGGUCACCGAGGUCAGCGAAGAGGGUGAGAACACCAAGACCAUCACCAACUACCGGGCCAUCAACUCCAAGACGCAUGAGCAAGACGUCAUCCAUGAGAUCUCCACUGCCGACGUCGUCACCUGCGCCGUGGGCCCCAACAUCCUCAAGUUCAUUGCUCCCGUCAUCGCCAAGGGGAUCGACAUCCGGUCCACCCCCAAGCCCCUGGCCGUGAUUGCUUGUGAGAACGCCAUCGGUGCCACCGACACUUUGCGAGGCCACAUCGAGUCUCACACCGACUCGGAGCGUCUGAAGACCAUGGGCGAGCGUGCGCAAUACGCCAACUCCGCCAUCGACCGCAUUGUGCCCGCCCAGGCCCCCAACAGUGGCCUCAACGUCCGCAUCGAGAAGUUCUACGAGUGGGCCGUGGAGAAGAAGCCCUUUGGCAGUGUCGGCCAUCCCGACAUCCCCGCCAUUCACUGGGUCGACAACUUGGAGCCUUACAUUGAGCGCAAGUUGUUCACGGUCAACACCAGUCACGCCACUGCCGCCUACUAUGGCCGCUAUGCCGGCAAGAAGACCAUCGCCGAGGCCAUGGCUGAUUCGUAUAUCCGUGCUGUUGUCCGUGAUGUCCUCAAGGAGACCGCCUCUUUGAUCGUGGAGAAGCACGGCAUUGAUGCGCAGGAGCAGCAGGACUACGUUGACACCAUCGUGGCCCGCAUCUCCAACCCUUACCUGGAGGACAGCGUUGAGCGUGUGGGCCGUGCUCCCAUGCGCAAGCUGAGCCGCAAGGAGCGUUUCAUUGGCCCCGCUUCUCAGUUGGCGGAGCGUGGCAUGAAGUUCGAUGCGCUGUUGGGUUCCGUGGAGAUGGCCCUGCGCUUCCAGAACGUCCAGGAUGACCAGGAGAGUGUCGAACUGGCUAAGAUUCUGAAGGAGAAUUCGCCCGCCGAUGCCACCGUUCAGCUGACGGGCUUGGAGCGCACUCACCCUCUGUUUGGUGCCGUUGUCAAGGUUGUGGAUCAAGUGCAGUCCGAGGCGAAGUAUGUCUCUCGAUCAGUUUUCUCCCUGUUGCUCCCGCACUUUUCGUUCACACAUGCUAACAUCUCCCGUCUCUGCAGGGAAACUGGUCAACCCCGUAUCUAG